AGGCUUACUGGUUCUUUAAGGAGCAAAUAUGACCUGUAGCUGCACUUUGGGCUUUGUUUGCAGAGGGUGCAUUGAGCACUAGACCAUGUCCCAGACAGUGAUCAUCCAGCAACCUGGCUCCGUGGGGUCUGCCGUCAUGUCCCCAACGGGUGACUGGAGCACCGGGAGAUACGAAUGUUGUGCAGACUGUGCCACAUGCUGUUUGGGGACUUUCUGCCCAACACUUCUGUCAUGUUAUGUGGCAAACAAGUAUGGAGAGAACUGCUGCCUUGGCAUCACUUUUGGAGGCAUGACGGCGCUGCGAACUCACAUGCGCCUCUCUUAUGGCAUCCAGGGAACCAUCUGCAGGGAUGUACUGGCAAUGUGCUUUUGUGGCCCUUGUGAGGUAUGCAGAAUGGCUCGCGAAAUGAACAUCCGCUGUCCACACUAAAGGCCCGGCCCGAGCGGCGCACCCCGGCGGGGGCGGGGG